AUGUUGUAUUUUAAAAAUCCAGAAACAGAAUGGUCAUCCUUCUUCAAAAUGGAAUUUUCAAAGAUCCCUCAAGAAGGAAAUGAUAUUUUGCCAACCCUUAAACUUAGUUAUGAUAAUCUCCCAGCAGAUUUGAAACGUUGUUUUGCCUUUUGUAAACUCUUUCCAAAGGGUCAUCAAAUCAAUGUAAAUUUGCUAAUAAAUCUUUGGAUGGCACUAGGAUUUGUUAAGACAUUAGAUUCAACUAAGUCUUUGGUAGAGGUUGGCCAUGAGUACUUUAUGGAUUUACUUUGGAGAUCAUUCUUUCAAGAAUUAAAAGAAGAUGAUGAAGGCAGUAAAACAUGCAAAAUGCAUGACCUCAUGCAUGAUCUUGCAACGCAAGUGGGAGAAGCAAUGUAUGCUGUUCUGGAAACAAAUAAAAAAAGUAAUUUCAACAAAGUCACUCGUCAUGUUUCUUUUGAUUUUCAUUUAGAUUCAUCAGAGAAAGUUCCAACUACAUUGCUCGAAGCAAACAAGAUUCGAACAAUUCUUUGGCUUCGUCAAUCAUCGCGUAAAAUUCAGGGAAGACGUGGUCAAUCAGUUUGUGAUGUAAUUGUAUCAAGUUUCAAGUCUGUCCGCUUAUUGGAUCUUCACAGUUUAGGGAUUAAGAUAGUGCCAAAUUGUAUUGGCAAGUUGAAGCAUCUAAGGUAUCUUGACCUAUCCGAAAACGAAGACAUCAAGAUGUUGCCGGAUUCUAUUACGAUGCUUUAUAAUUUGCAAACGUUGAAACUUUCGUAUUGCACGAAGCUCCAAGAAUUACCACGAGACUUGAACAAGCUAGUCAACCUUGUAAGCCUUGAGAUUGAUAUGUGCACCAGUCUGACUCAUAUGCCAGGUGGACUUGGUCAACUGACUAACCUUCAGACAUUAUCACGGUUCGUAUUGAAGGAAGGCACUAGCCAUACUACUAUUAAGUCCAAGCACAGUUGUGAUCAUGAGGUGGGUGAGCUAAGUGACUUGAUGGGACUAAACAAUAUUAGAGGAAAGUUGAGUAUUAUCAACUUAGGAAAUGGAGAUCAAGAUAGUAAGGCUGCAAAUUUAAAGGAUAAACAACAUCUUUGCAGUUUAUGUCUAUGUUGGUAUGUGAAUUAUUAUUAUGCUAAAUUGUGUGAUGAUUUAUUUGAUGGUCAUAUAAAUUUAAAUUAUGAUUUACAUUUACCAAGUUAUUUGAAGGAUGUGGAAUAUGAAGCAACACUGGAAGGCCUCCAGCCUCACCCAAAUUUGAAGGAAUUGUGUUUGCAAUACUACGAGGGUGUGGAGUUUCCAAGUUGGCUUCCAUCACAUGCAAAUCUUGAAUAUUUGUUCCUGAAAAAUAGUCUAAAAUGCCAGUAUUUGCCGCCACUAAAUGGAUUGGUUUCUCUAAAGAAACUGAAACUAGGCAACAUGCUUGGUCUAGAGUACAUUUCAAACGGCCCCCCUGAGCCAUCUAGGACGUCAGUUUUACUGCCGGCGUUGGAAAUGUUGGAAUUUACCCUUUUGCCCAAUCUAAAGGGAUGGUGGAGGACGACGGAUAUUAAUAAUGGCAAAGAUGGCGUAUCAAUGAAUGAUCACUUCUCACUUUCACUUCCACGUCUCUGUCAUUCAGUUAUUAUUAAGUGUCCAAAGUUGAGCUUUUUGCCCCUGUCCCCAAACAUAAAAAGUUUGGCGGUGCAGAACAAUACAUGGAAGCCAUUCCACCUGGCAGUACUGACCGCAUCCACAUUCUCCAAUUUGAGCUUACUUUCUCUUUCCGAUAUUGAAGAUUUACAGUCUCUUCCAGAAUGGUUCAAAUGCCUCACUUGUAUCCGAAGCUUAGGUAUCAUGGAGUGCAAUAACUUGACGUCUUUGUCUCCUGGUAUUCAACAGCUUGCUUCCUCACUUGAAAAUUUGAGAAUUCAGGGUUGCCAACAACUUGACAUGUUUAAUGAUGUUGGUGACCCUAACUUCUGGGAAGCCCUCACAAGUCUACGUGCACUGGAUUUGUCAUUUUUACCUCAGUUGAGGACUCACCUGCCUCAAGGGGUUCAACAUCUUACGAGCUUGCAAAAACUUACGAUUGAUUACUGCAGCAAUUUGAUUAGUAUUGAUUCAGAGUGGAUGACCAACCUCAAAUCUCUCGAUGCACUUAUGAUUCAUGCUUGCCCAAAUUUAACAUCAUUGCCCCAAGGAAUACGUCACCUCACAUCUUUACACACACUGGAGAUUGUAGAUUGUCCGAUCUUGUUCAAAACAUGUCAAACUGAUAUAGGCGAGCAUUGGCCUAAGGUUGCUCAUGUCCCUAAUUUCAUCUUGAACUUAACCACUAUUUCAGAUGAUGAUGAUGAUGGUUCCCCGAACCACCUCUACUUUUCUAGGGUGCAAUUGGAACGUGUUUAACAGGAUCGUGAUACCAUAGUUUUCCAACAAAAGAACUUAAUAAUGAAUCUGAUGAUCAGUUUGUGUAGCAACUUCUUAAAAGUCUACAGAUGCUCCAUUUGGAAAAUAAAUUACCUCAGAUGAAGACUCUCCCUGAGGGGCUUCAACAUGUUACCAGCUUGCAGUAAAAAAAAAAAGGUGAAAAUUUGGUUGCAAUUCCAGAAUGGAUGAGCAACCUCAAAUCCCUCUAUCCACUCCAUUCUAGAAGAUGCUUAAGUUUGAUAACACUGCCCCAAGGAAUUAGUCAGUUUACCUCUUUACACCAAUUGCAGAUCAAAGAUUGUCUCACUUAUUUGAAAGAUGCCCAAGAGAAACAGGAAGCAUGGUACGAUGCUGCAGAGUACAUGGUGAACGAAUGUGACUGCUAUAUAUGGUGGAUAGAGUGAUGGUCGAUUGAAUCUGUGUAGUAUAUUCAAUUCAAAGUCAUUAACGAAGCAAGAUGGUAAAAGAUUAGCCGAGUGCUGUUUCGAUUGGAAAAUGGAUAAUGGGAUCUUAUAAUAAGGUUGUCCCAUCGUAUUCAAAAGAUGCAAAAGAGAUAUAGGUGAGUAUUUUUCUAAGGGUGCUCAAAUCCCAGAGUUAAUCUUGAAAUCAACUACUUUAAAUGUUGAUUCUCAAUCCUCUAACUUUCUAGUGCAGGAUGUAAUUGGAAAAUAUUUAACAAGUUUCGUAUAUCACAAUUUUUGUAAGAAAGGAAUGUCAUAAUGUGUCCAUAUCGUAUUUGAAGAUUGAAGCAUGAAACAAACUUGAGCUAAUUAACUGAGUUUGGUUAAAAAAAUUUGGAUGUACAAUUUUGCGAGUUCUCGUAUAAUAGGUUGAUGUGGAGCAUUUUGUAGUUACAAUGAUAAUUUAAAAGAAAGAAGUGAAAUUUGACACGGCAUAAAGCAGAGUAAAAGUAUGGUGGAGUAUGCUUAAUUUGAUCCUCCUCACCAACACUGGAUUGGCAUCAAACACCAGUGGACCAUGGUCAGACCUGUUACAGAAGAAACUUGGUUUACUGUGUCCUAAAACAAUUGCAAACAUUCUGAGGUCAUAAAGGUUGUGCCCAGUCUCUCUAAUCAGUGUAUUACCUUCAUUUUUAUAUGACCAACUGGGCAGUAGUGAUAUAUGAGUGAACUAUCGCAAUUAUGCUCAAUGAAAACUAUUGCUGAAGAGUGGCCUACUAUUUAAGUAAGAGUUGCAUUUGGUCGAUAUUUAGUGGCGGCAGAGAUUAAAAUCCCAAUCCUCUGCUUGUUCGGGUAAAGUUGAUGAGGUGGUGCACCUUGCUGUAGAAUGACAAUUGCUUAAAAGUGGUGAAAAUGACACUCCACCCCAUAAGACCUUUCUCCGAUCAGGGCUAGGGAUGACUGCUUCCCAUAAGCAGGUUCUGAGUUAUCAAAAAGUGUCAUCUUGCUUGUGUCAUUCAGCCCGGCUAUUUUUGUUGAAAGAGAAGCCUAUAGAUUGUUCAACAUAUACAUAACACUUACAUAAUGUACGGAUGUCGUAUGUGUAUAGGAAGAAGGGUAGAAUGCUGCAGAGCAUAGUAACUGGUGAAGAAAUGUGGCAGCCACGGAUACAUGGAUGGCUUAUGGAUUUCCUUGUCUAGUUGUCUACUCAUUUUACGCUACAAACUAGAAGGAGAAGGAGUACUAAUCUGCUCUUAUGACUUCAACUAUGAGUAUGGGGAUUUAAGUUGCAUAAAUUUUCAUAAAAACUCGUAUAAUUUUUUUAUACGAUGUUUGCACCUAUUAUGCAACUUCCUAGAGGUUAUAAUUGUUGUUUUAAGGGGUUAAACUCAGUUAUGUCCCCCCUUAUCUCUCUAGCACUAUCAUUUUCUUCUUUCUUUGGAUUAACCAACGAAAAACCCCAGAUUUCUAAGGGAAGAUGUAUUUGCAAUUUUAUCAUUAUGAACUUUGUACAAGGACUGUGUGUAUAAAGUUUUUUGGGAUUGAAUAAAGAGUAGCCCG